AUGCAAUAUGACCUUUCAUCAUUUAAUGUACGAAUCAUUCCGAUGACUGAAGCCAAACAAGAUUUAAUCGAGUUAUCAACAAAUCCUUUAGAUGUAUGGAUAAAUACACAUUAUGAUGAAUUGAGUGCAGGUAUGACAUGUAAAAAAGCUCUAUUCUGCAAACCAUCAGACAUGAAAGACAAGAAUUUCCAAAUGAGCAUUAAGGAUAAAUGUGAUAAGAAACAGGUAAGAAUAGAUGGUAAACAAACAUGGUGUUAUGUUUUGAAAGAAGAAAUGAAAGGAUUAUAUAAACAGGUUGAACCAAACGAUAAUGAGGAUUCAUUUACUGACGAUGAAAUACCUGUAAAUGAAGCUUUAUAA